AUGAAGCGUGGAAUGGAUCCCUUCAGGGCAGCGACUAUUCUCAAUGUGCAGGAGAAGAUUGAAAGUAUUUCCUAUGGAGGUGAAUCAGUUUACAUUGGCACCGCAGUUGGGAACAUUCUUCAGUUUAGUUUCCCUCUAGCAAGGACGUCAGAGGACCAAGCCGCGCUUCCAGCAUCCUCGGCAGGUGCAGUUGCACUAGCUGCAAAGAGGCCUGUUGAGCAGGUUUGCGCUACAUCCCAAUUUGUCUUUGCACUAUCUGACGGAGUUCUCUAUGUACUGCCUGCAGACGUGUGGUCUGGAAAGCCUGUGGAGCUCUGCAAAGAUGUGAAGCACAUCUGUUUGCAUACUGGCUUGGGCGAAGAAGCUGUGAGCCCUUCAGAGGUUUGCGUGGCAACCCGAAAGAAGUUGAUACUCUUCGGCCACAACGGCAACAGCUUUGAGCAGCGACAGGAGUUCCCGACAAGCGAGGCCGGCAAGAGGAUUACUCUUGGCCAGAGGGUCGUCGAGCUUGGUUCUGGAACUGGAUAUGUUGGGCUUAUCGCAGCAGCACAAGGACAUCGAACCACAAUGACGGACCGCCAGCUGCUACUGCCCCAGCUGCAAGCAAACAUCAAGACAAAUGGAUUGGAGGAAGUGGCAGACGCAGUUGAGCUUGAAUGGGGAGGUACGCUUCCAUUCACUGACGUCGACAGCGUAAUCAUGUCUGAUUGUGUUUACCUGCGUGAGAACAUCGAGCCCUUGAUGCAGACGCUGGAAUUGCUUGCGCCACGACAUGUGAUUUGGGCAAACGAGAUACGAGGAGUUGAAGAGGAGUUCCAGAAGCUCAUGAUUGACAGAGGUUGGACAUUUGAACAAGUACCGCUGCCACCCGAGAAUGACUUUGCAUGUGAAGACAUACGUGUGCAGUGGUCUUUGUCGAACCUUCGGGCACCGGUCAUCCUGUUGCAGGAAUACGUAGGCUUCAGCCGCAGCGGUGUCAACAUGAUAUACAUGAUGCCGCCUGAGAGCCAAGGCAGAGAAUACAAGCUGUAUUCCGAAAGGACAGGCCUCGCUUGGGAGGAUGUUUGCCCACUUGAUGGCAAGCAUGGUCCACGAAUUGCAGUCCUUCACGGAAACGAGCUCCUCCUGCUCAUUCAGGAGAACGUCGGCCUCUUCUACAAUUUGAGCACGAAGCAGCCAUCACCAAAGAACAUGGUCACGUGGCCCAGGAAAGUCACGCACCUGGGCGCCUCUGCAAAUUACGUCUUCGGCAGCUCUGGUUUGGGACAGCUGGAUGUUUACGGCAUCCAGGAUCAGAAGAAUUGUCAGACUUUAACAUUAGAGGGCGUAACAGUGGCUGUUUGCCAAGCCAGUGCAGGGCGUGCUUUGAUAGCAGCUGAGACGUCUGUGACCUGUUUGAGUCCAGUUCCAUUUGACAAGCAGGUCAAGAAGCUCCUCCUGCAGGUUCGCAUUAACGACGCGCGGGAGCUGAUCACCGCUACCUACGGCCCGGAGGAUCCAGAGAGACAGGUGCAGCUGGGGCGCUUUCAGACGCUUGCAGGGUGGGCUCUGUUCAGGGACCUACAAUUCCUACAAGCAUUCGAGCACUUCAUGUACUGUGUGGACUUCCGAGUGGAUCAGGUGUUGAUGUUUUGGGGCCGGCACUUGCCUGCAGCAUGGCAGCCGCCCUCAAGGGGCGACGAUGAUGGCUCUCCAGAGCCGGUCGACAUCAAGGACUUUGUCCGCAGCAGACUGGGGGAGCGACAGCCGCCAGAGGUCGGUGAUGCCGCAGUUUCCGCAAAUGUUGGUCUGGCAAACGCGGCGGCGGUCUCCUUUUUGCUCAAGCAGCGCGAGGCCAUCCUGGGACAGGAACGUCUACCGCAAGAGCAGAGGACGCAGGGCGCCACCUCUCCCGCAUCCUUGCUGCGUGCCAUGGACACUUUGCUCUUAAAGCUACUCCUUGAAACUGACGAGGACGAUGUUCGUCUGACCGAAGUGCUAGAGGGUGGCGUGAGAUGCAGAGUGGAAGAUUGCGAAGGUUUCCUGCGGGAGCGUGGCAGACUUGAUGUGCUGGCUCGCUUGUGGAAGGCGCAUUCCAUGUAUGACCUUGUCUUGCGCGAGCUCAGUGCUAUGUUGACAAAUGGCAGGAGAGACUCCCGCACUGAUGCCCCCAUCCUGGCACAGAUGGUUGAAGCAUUGAGGAGUGCGCGGCGAGCGCCCCAUGGAGCCGACCUGCUCCGCGAGUAUGUGCCACAGCUCCUGUUGAUAGAUGCUGAAGCAGUUCUUCCCGUGUUUGUGACAACAAGCCGAGAGCGAGAGAUGCCAUUGGAAGCAGAUGAAGUUCUGGAACUGCUCCAAGGACACGACUUCCUUGUGCUCACCUUUCUUGAGGACCUUGUUGAGAAGAACCAGGCUGAGCCCCGGCACUGUGCAAAGCUGGGCCUAGCAUACGUGGCGAAGGUAGAGGAGGAGCUCUCUCUGCCUGGAGCACAACGCAUGACACCGACACGAACAAAGCUUUUAAGGUUUUUGGAGGAGGCGGCUGGUGUUAAUGCGGAGCUACUGCCCAGACUCGAAGCCCUGCAGCUGCACGAGGAACGAGUCAUCGUAUGUGGACGUGAGGGUCGUCAUCGAGAAGCCUUGCGCAUCUUGGUGUUGGAUUUGAACGAUCUCAUGCGGGCAGAAGUCUAUUGUCGGCUGGUCAUGGCCAAAGAGCUACACGCUGGAGUGAAGGAUGAAGUGUCGGUCUUCAGCGUUGAUCUGCCAUCUUGGGCGCGUGGAGUAGUUUUUGGGCCAAAGAAGCCCACUCCUGGUGACAAAGUGCUUGAUGGCUUUCAUGAGGACCCAGCAAUGCUAGCCAAAGACCCUGCUGAAGCAGCGCGCCCUCUGAUGCUGUUGCUGCAAAUCUUGUUGGAAGCCCAUGAGGGAGCAGCUGCGACGCCGGAGGAUCACAAGAAGGUUGCUGCAGAGUACCGCGAUGCAGCACUUUCCCUCUUAAUGGGAUACGCUGCCCAUCGCGAUCUUCCUCCCAACGAGGUGCUGGGAUGCUUACCUGCCCGUUGGCCCCUUGAGGGCAUCUCAGACUACCUCAGCAAGUGUGCUCGCAUCUGUUUGCAUAAGCAGCGAGCCAGCAUGCUGGAAGAGAAUCUCAGUUCCAUGGCCUAUUUGAAGACGUUCAGCGCCUGGGCCAAGGAGCGCAUGAGAAAGGUCAACAUCACCGCCGAUAGAUGCUGUCCAGUGUGCAACAAGCGCUUCGUGGACAAGGACUCAGUCGGGAAAGCUUUUGUGGCUUACCCAAAUGAGACCUGCGUGCAUUUCACUUGCAAGGAACAUGCCUCCAUCUGUCCAAAGACGGGCAAAAACUUUGCUGACAAUCUGUCUGUGUACUGUCAUGCUCUCAGGGUAGGACAGGAUGAGCAAAGCUGA